CGUCGGGACCGUUCGUUUCGUGUGCGCGAACGAAACCGAAAUUCCCGACACCCGUGAACGCAGCGUUGAACACUGCGCGUAGGCAGUUACAAUGUUUUGCUUUAGUUACUUUGUCGCAAUCCGCGCGUCGACAAUGUUUUUCGCGAGUCUCACGGUGAAACGGUGUCGUUAGCUGCGGGUUAGCGACGGUCACACCCGAGGACGGGGAGGGAAGAGCCACGGGAGCUGCGUCCGGGUAGAAGCAGACCCCGGAACUUGAAGGCGUAGGAACGGAGCUAACGUUAGCUAGCUUUUUGUUGACAGCGCGCCCGCUGUCAGACCGGAGCCGACCUCCUCUAAAGUUAGCGCAGCCCGCCAGUUGGACCGGACGCGGUCUCCUCGCAGCGCGCCCGACGCCUCUUUGGGCCAGAGUCGACUUUGAACCACUUGUGGAUUUAGAAGAUGGCAUCGAGAGGCGGCUACGCGGGUCCUCCGAUGACUCCCAGCAUGAGCCCCAUGAGUGUGGGGCACGCAGCGGGCAUGAGGAUGCCAGGAAUGCCGCAGCCUCCGGGGGGGUACCCCCGCAGCAUGAGCAGCGCGCCCCAGUACCCCCAGCGCCCCGGGAUGCCACCCAAUAGACUUGGGCCCCCCAUGGGGUCAAUGGGGGGUCAGUUGGCUGGUCCAUCCUAUGGCGGUGGGAACAUUCCUAUGCGGCCCGGCAUGGGGCCUCCAGGCAUGGACUCAAGGAAGAGGUUCCUUCAUCAGCAUCCACAUCAGCAGCAGCAAGACCCACUGGGCGGAGGCCUCAGACGAGGGCCAAAAAGACGCAAAAUGGCUGACAAGGUUCUCCCACAGAGGAUCCGAGACCUGGUCCCAGAGUCUCAGGCCUACAUGGACCUUUUGGCCUUUGAGAGGAAACUGGAUCAGACUAUUGCCCGAAAGCGCAUGGAAAUUCAGGAGGCCAUCAAGAAACCCAUUAUGCAAAAACGCAAGCUGCGCAUCUACAUAUCCAACACGUACACCCCCAGUAAGCCUGAGGGCGAGGAGGCAGAGAAGGUGUCCUCCUGGGAGCUGCGAGUGGAGGGUAAACUCCUGGAGGAGUCUGGCAAGCAGAAGAGGAAGUUCUCAUCUUUCUUCAAAAGCCUGGUGAUAGAGCUCGAUAAGGAACUCUACGGACCCGACAACCACUUAGUCGAGUGGCACAGGAUGCCCACAACUCAGGAGACAGAUGGUUUCCAGGUCAAAAGGCCCGGCGAUGUGAACGUCAAAUGCACCUUACUGCUCAUGCUCGAUCACCAGCCGCCCCAGUACAAACUGGACCCGCGGCUCGCUCGUCUGCUGGGCGUGCACACGCAGACGCGGGCCAGCAUCAUGCAAGCUCUGUGGCUGUACAUCAAGAACAACAAGCUGCAGGACAGUCAUGAUAAGGAGUAUAUUAACUGCAACCGCUACUUCAGACAGAUUUUUGCAUGUCAUCGCAUGAGGUUCUCUGAGAUUCCCAUGAAGCUUGCGGGUCUGCUGCAGCACCCUGACCCCAUCAUCAUCAAUCACAUCAUUAGCGUUGACCCCACAGAUCAGAAGAAGACGGCUUGCUAUGACAUUGAUGUGGAGGUGGACGACCCACUGAAGGGUCAGAUGAACAGUUUUCUUUCAUCUACAACAAAUCAACAGGAAAUUGCUGCCCUUGAAAUGAAGAUCCAUGAGACGAUUGAGUACAUUAACCAACUAAAGACUGAGAGAGACUUUAUGCUGAGCUUCAGCAAUAAUCCACAGGAUUUCAUCCAGGACUGGCUCAAGUCUCAAUGUAGAGAUCUAAAGUUAAUGACAGAUGUGACCGGAAACCCAGAGGAGGAGAGGAGGACCGAGUUCUACCAGGCUCCCUGGGUACCAGAGGCAGUGGGCAGAUACGUUUACUCCAAAGUGCAGCAAAGAAGACAAGAGUUGGAGCAGGUGUUGGGCAUCCGACUCACCUAAACGCACCUUCCAGAGGUGUUGGAGCCAGAAACAAGCCAUUCUCAGCGAAAGGUGCAAAAUACCAGCGUUGGAGUUAGAUACAUAUCUGUGUCAUAUUUGAAAAACAUGUGACCAAAGUGGUGAUUAAUGUGUUUUCAUUGUGUUUGCAUUGCAUUGUUUAUCAUUUUGAGCCUGUUCAAACCCGCCUUGUUUUGUUCAUGGUACAAUGUGCUUAACACACGGUAAGCAUUGGUGCUGUCGAGGUGCUUUCCACUGUGUUUUACUUUGAAAAACUGUUUACUCUGACAUGUAAAGCCAUAACCUUUCAGUAGGAACAAUACCUGAUGCCUGGUAACCUCUCAAUAUGACUUGGGUAUGGUAGCAUAUUAUUUUUAAAUAUAAAAUCAAAAAAUGUGGGCGUUGUCUGACAUGGGACCAAUAAUUGUAAAGCUUUUUUUGUUUUAAGUAUGUGGAUGUAUCAUUUAAAUGUAACUUUUCUUUGCUAUGUGAGAAGCUAGAAUUUCCUGGAAAGUUGUUGGAGCAGGAGUGAGCUCCUCUUUUGAAUGAGGACAGGUAUUCUCUCUGUCCAGCUGUAAUUCAAUAGCUCUUUUUGUGUGCCUUUGCAUUUGUUAUUGGUGUUUUCAUUAUAUUAAUAUCAGAAAAAAAAGAACUGUACAAACUCUUUGCAUUAAGGUUCAGAAAGGUUAACUGGUAAUAAUGAUAUAGGAAUGCAGUUGUAAUCUGUCAGUCGAACAAUGCACCCAAUUGUGCACCUUUUUAUAUUUUCGUGACCCAUAUUUUUAAAUAGAGCAAUUAUAUUUUGCCAGCGUUUUGUAUGCAAGGAUGUCCAGCAUUGCUUCAAACAUUCCUUGUUAACUGAUAUUUCUGAACAUUUGAAAAAUUGUGUACAAAAGCUUUUGUACAGCUCCUUUGUGAAACUGCUUGCAUGGUCUGUAUCAAUCAAAAGCCUUUAUCUUUUCUACAUUUGAACUAUUUUUUACAAUAAAUAUACUUACAAAUGA